GCGGGCCGGCGUUUUGUUUGGCUUUGCUCGCCCGGGAUGGGUGGGGGCGAGGGAGGCGGCAGGAGGGAAAGGGAGCGGAGCGAGAGUUGCUCGCCGGCGCUCCUGCAGCAAGGGAAGGACGGCGUCCUGUGGGCUCGCCCCUUCGCGCCCACCAGGAAAGCGGGCGCCUUUUUCGGGGAGACGCUGCAGAUGGAGCGCCCCGCGCCUCCCUCCCGGCAGCAGCGUUGGCGCCGCCUGUGCCCGCUCGCCUAGACGGGGGCCGUGCCUCUUUUAGGGUUAGGAUGGAGUAGCGGGCAGCGGUCGGCGUCGCUGGCUGGAGGCUGCCCGGCCACCUGGGGAUGCUUGGAGACGCCUAAGGCUGCCCCGACGGCCGCUCUCCCCUCAGAGGGCGCUGCGCUCGACCUCGUCUGUCAGCAUGGGCUCGCCCUGCCGCCGCCGCUGCUGCCGCGGAGGGACCCCUUGACGGCUUGCCUCUUCGUGGCCCUUUGCCUCCCCCCGGGAGAGGCGGGGAGGGGGCGUGCAGCUCUUGGCCCGGCUCAGCCGAGGGAAAAUGCUAGCCGGGGGUUUGCUGGCCGGUUUCUCCGUGCUCAGCCUGCUCACCUACGGCUAUCUGGCUUGGGACGCGGCUGGCGACCCCGAGAGCGCGGGCGCGACGGCCAAGUUGGAAGAAGGACCCGAAGCGGAGCCCGCCCCUACUCCGCCACACCUCAUCUUCAUCCUGGCGGACGACCAGGGGUUCAGGGACGUGGGCUACCAUGGCUCGGAGAUCAGGACGCCCACCUUGGAUAAGUUGGCGGCGGAAGGGGUGAAGCUGGAGAACUACUACGUCCAGCCCAUGUGCACCCCGUCCAGGAGUCAAUUCAUCACGGGAAGGUAUCAAAUCCAUACUGGUCUACAGCAUUCAGUCAUAAGGCCCACUCAGCCUAACUGUUUACCGCUGGAUAAUGUGACACUACCUCAGAAGCUGAAGGAAGCUGGCUACUCCACCCACAUGGUUGGCAAAUGGCACUUGGGCUUCUACCGCAAGGAAUGCAUGCCAACACAGCGAGGGUUUGAUACCUUUUUUGGCUCUCUCUUGGGCAGCGGCGAUUAUUACACUCAUUACAAAUGUGACAGUCCUCGGAUGUGCGGCUACGACUUGUAUGAGAAUGACAAUGCUGCAUGGGAUCAUGACAAUGGCAUGUACUCGACGCAGAUGUACACCCAAAGAGUGCAACAAAUCUUAGCCUCCCAUAACCCCAGGAAACCCAUAUUUUUGUACAUUGCAUACCAAGCUGUCCAUUCUCCACUUCAGGCACCAGGCAAGUAUUACGAGCGUUACCGAUCGAUAAAUAAUAUAAACCGACGUAGGUAUGCUGCUAUGCUGGCAUGCUUGGAUGAAGCUAUCAACAAUGUGACUCUUGCAUUAAAGAGGUAUGGUUAUUAUAACAAUAGCAUUAUCAUUUACUCAUCUGACAAUGGAGGGCAGCCCACAGCCGGUGGAAAUAACUGGCCUCUCAGAGGAAGCAAGGGGACAUACUGGGAAGGAGGGAUCCGAGCAGUUGGCUUUGUUCAUAGCCCUCUGCUUAAAAACAAGGGGUGUGUGUGCAAGGAGCUCAUCCACAUAACAGACUGGUUCCCUACUCUAAUCAUGUUAGCUGAAGGGCAGAUUGAUGAGGACACCGAACUGGAUGGCUAUGACGUGUGGGAGACCAUAAGUGAAGGGCGACGGUCUCCAAGGAUGGAUAUUUUGCACAACAUUGAUCCUAUCUACACCAAAGCCAAAAACGGUUCCUGGGCAGCUGGCUUUGGACUAUGGAACACAGCGAUUCAGUCAGCGAUCCGUGUGAACCACUGGAAACUAUUGACCGGGAACCCAGGAUACAGCGACUGGGUCCCUCCGCAGUCGUUUAGUAAUGCUGGCCCCAGUCGCUGGCACAACGAACGAGUUUCAUGGACCGCUGGGAAAACCGUGUGGCUGUUCAACAUCACGGCUGACCCAUAUGAGCGAGUGGACCUUUCCAGUAAGUACCCAGAGGUGGUAAAGCAGCUGUUGCGUAGGCUUUCGCAGUUCAACAAGACUGCUGUCCCCGUCCGAUACCCACCUAAGGACCCCAGGAGUAACCCCAAUUUUAAUGGAGGCGUUUGGGGCCCAUGGUUCAAGGAGAAUGAAAAGAAGAAGAAACCCAGCAAAAACAAAGCAGACACUAAGCAAAAUAAAAAUAAAAACAAGAAGAAACCUGACAGAAGAAAAGGACAUUCCCUAAGGUGCUUUGCAGGUGGAUAGUUUCAGUGGUUCCCUAAGGUGCUUUGCAAUGGUUUCUUAUGCUGCAAUCCUAAGCAUACAUACUGAGAAAGACUACCAAAUGUAGUGGUAGCUAAACUUCCAGGUAACUGUUCAGGCUCAAGAGUCCAUUGCUAAACCAGAGCAAAAUAGUCCCCAAAAUUCAUAAUUUGCAGACAUACCAACACAGUAGAAGUGCCAUUUUUCUUUGGUCUUAUGUUGUAGCAACAGAGACAUAUGUCAGAUGCAGUUGCCCUCACUUCCUUAUCUUCCAUACAGUGGAGGGUUACUCACACAUUAUUGCUCACACCAUAGGGGAAAAGGCUACAGCUCAGUGGUAGAGCAAAAGUGUUGCAUGCAGAAGAUCCUCUGUUCAACCUCCAGCCACUCUAGGUA